AUGAGGAAGAGGUUGAGAUUGCGCUGCGAAAGGGGGCGGAUUAGAGAAGCAACCAAGACCAUCAUCGAAAAGGUACAACAGUCCUACUCCAUGGAUUUCUCCAUUAGUAAUGGUAUUCCCAAAAGGAAUGGUGAAAGAUAUCUAACUGAAGCAAUGAUAGAGGAGAGAUUUCAUUCACUUUGUGCUGAUUACCCAGAGAUAGAGAUUGCUAAACUGAAGGAGUCACACCACCAUAUACAUGGAUGUUUUUUUGCAAUAACAGCUGAUAAGGCUCACGAGAAUAAUGUUCUAAUUGAAUUUGCUAAGAAUGGAGAUCUCUCUGGUGUGAAAGAAAUUCUUGUUAGAGGCACCAAUAUAAAUUAUACAGAUGAGAGUGGAUGGGCGGCUCUUCAUUAUGCAAGUUUCAAUGGACAUACAGACAUCGUUGAAGUAUUAGUCAACCAUAAUGCUGAUAUCAAUGUCGUUACUACGAGUGGAUCUACUGCAGUCAUGUUAGCAGCAGAGAACAGACACCAUGAUGUUGUUUUGAUUUUAACACAGAAAGGAGCCAAUCUAGAUCUUGUCAACAAAAGUGGAUGGGCCGCUCUUCAUUAUGCAAGUUACAAAGGACAUACAGACAUUGUUGAAGUAUUAGUCAACCAUAAUGCUGAUAUCAAUGUUGUUACUACG